AUAUGGGAUCAUGUCUACAAGGCAGUUACCGAUCCCACAGUCACUACGAAAGACGGCCAGCGAUAUAUUGAGAUAGACAAGGACGGUCAGAUCGAGCGUCUUGUCAUUGACGGACUGAUCACCCGGGCACCUUGCGCAGGCCGAGCAACUGCUUGCUGGAAAGCGCAUCGUGAGGAAGACCCGGGUGCCCCGCUGGUCAUUAAGGAUUCUUGGCAGGACAUGACGCACGACGAAGGCGAAUUUCUCCGAGAAGCGACCGAUAAAGGCGUGGUUAAUGUCGCCAGGUAUUAUUAUCAUGCGACGGUUCAGGUACAUGGGGAGGUUGAUACUCGAGGAGGUCUGGACAGCAUGACAACGGGCGAUUAUCAGCUGGAAAUAUCAUCUGCUGCCUCUUUGCCAUCUAGUAAACGAUCUCGUUCGGCAUCCCGAAACACUCUGCAAACCCGAGUAUAUCGGCGUGUCAUUCUGCGCGACUAUGGCCGACCGAUUUACGAAGCAAGUACCCGGCCGGCAUUUCUUGCGGCGCUCGAGGGUUGCAUUUCAGGACACGAGUCUUUGCACCGGGCAGGGAUUCUCCAUCGAGAUAUCCCCAUCAACAAUCUCAUGAUCAACGAGGAUGAAAAAAAUCCUUCCUGGCCCGCGUUCUUGAUUGACCUCGAUCUUGCCAUCAGGGAUGGUGCUUCCAAGACAGAUAAGAGCAAGGGCACGAGAGCUUUCAUGGCAAUUGGCGCGCUCAUGGGCGAGCAACAUUCCUUUAUGCACGACCUGGAGUCCUUCUUUUGGGUGAUCUUCUGGAUAUGCAUCCACUACGAAGGGCCAAGCAAGGGGAUCGUUGUUUCAAGGCUUACCGGGUGGAAUUACAUGGAUGCAGAGGAGCUGGCUUGCCUGAAAACAGGAGUAGUAGUAGUUCAUGAGGGGGAUUUCUUCAGGUACAUGGACACCUACUUUACCGCGUACUAUCAGCCGUUGAUUCCGUGGGUCAACCGACUUCGACAAGCCGUGUUUCCUAACGGGCUGAGAUGGGUGAAAGAGGACCGCGAAUUGUAUGCUCGGAUGAAAGCGAUUCUUCGGGGGGCCCAAGAGGACCCAGACAUG